AUGAAAACACUCUACUCUUCCUCUUACUCUUCUAUAUUACCAUUAUUACCAUCAACAGUUCCAUUUCAUCAUCAACAACAACACUUUCAUCAUUUUCGCUCCUUAUCCUCAUCCACUCUCUCUCUUAACGCUACUCCGCGCGAUAUCGAACUUCAAUUCUCUUCCUCCAACGACACCGUUCAAAACCCUACGAUCGAGUUUGAAACACCGCAACACAACGAAGAAUCACCUCCUCCAACUCCACUUCUUCUCUCCGGUGAAGAUAAUAAAACCACUAAUUCUAAGCUUAAAAAGAAGAAAGACCUAAACGAAGAUAACAGUAGCAACUUCGAUAACCGCUUCAAGCUCCGUAACGGAAAAGAGGUUUUUGAAGAGAAAGCUUAUCUGGUUGGUGUUGAGCGAAAAGGUGAUGUGAGUGAUUCUUUUGGUGUACAAGAUUCUUUGAGUGAAUUGAAACAGUUAGCUGAUACUGCUGGAUUGUUGGUUGUUGACUCUACAUACCAGAAGCUUGCUUCUCCAAACCCUAGGACUUACAUUGGCUCCGGCAAAGUUUCUGAAAUUAAGAGUGCAAUUAAUGCAUUGGAUGUUGAAACUGUGAUAUUUGAUGAUGAGCUAUCAGCAGGGCAAUUGCGCAACCUGGAAAAGGUUUUUGGUGGCAGUGUGAGAGUUUGUGAUCGUACUGCUCUCAUCCUUGAUAUAUUUAAUCAGCGAGCAGCAACUCAUGAAGCAUCUUUACAGGUUUCAUUAGCACAAAUGGAAUACCAACUACCUCGUCUAACAAAAAUGUGGACUCAUCUUGAGCGUCAAUCAGGAGGACAGGUGAAGGGAAUGGGUGAAAAACAAAUAGAAGUGGACAAGCGUAUUUUGCGUAACCAAAUUGGCGUUCUUAAAAAAGAGCUAGAAUCUGUUAGGAAACACCGAAAGCAGUAUCGUAAUAGGCGUGUCUCAGUACCUGUGCCAGUGGUUUCUUUGGUCGGCUAUACGAAUGCUGGUAAGAGUACACUUUUAAAUCAGUUAACCGGAGCAGAUGUUCUUGCCGAGGAUAAAUUAUUUGCAACUUUAGAUCCAACUACACGGAGGGUACAGAUGAAGAAUGGAAAGGAGUUUCUCCUAACAGACACUGUUGGUUUUAUUCAGAAGUUACCUACUACACUAGUUGCUGCCUUCAGAGCCACCCUCGAGGAAAUAUCAGAGUCAUCACUUCUGGUGCAUGUUGUUGAUAUCAGUCACCCCCUGGUUGAGCAACAGAUAAAUGCUGUGGACAAAGUUCUAUCAGAACUAGAUGUAUCAUCAAUACCAAGAUUGAUGGUCUGGAACAAGAUUGAUAAGGCUAGUGAUCCUCAGAAAAUCAGGUUAGAAGCUGAAAAAAGAAAUGAUGUUGUAUGCAUAUCUGCUUUAAGUGGCGAUGGCUUGCAAGAAUUCUGUAAUGCAGUUCAAGACAAACUAAAGGACACAAUGGUAUGGGUGGAAGCUUUGUUACCAUUUGAAAACGGGGACCUUCUCAGCACCAUACACCAAGUUGGAAUGGUUGAGAAAACUGAAUAUACAGAGCAAGGGACAUAUAUCAAGGCUCAUGUGCCCCUACGUUUUGCAAGAUUGCUUACACCUAUGAGGCAACUGUGUAUAUCACGACCUUGA